UGAAGCUAUAUGCAAGAAUGCAAUGAAAUUUGGAUAAGAAAUUUGAACUUGCUUUUUCCAUUAUUCAUCAGCCAAGUUCUAUAUAUACCAUUACUUUCAAUUCAAAUUUAACUUAUAGAAAACUCAGCAACCCGAAAUGACGAUAAUCAUCAUGAAAUCACUCGCAUGCCUGAGCUUCAUUUGGCUUUUCAUGGCUAUCUCAUCUGUUCAGGCUCAAACAUACAACCAAACUGUUUUCGACACCGACGGACAGCCAGUCGAAGCCGGUGUAGAAUACUACAUCCGCCCCGCAAUCACCGAUUUCGGCGGUCGUUUCACUCUCAUCUUAAGAAAUAAUACAUGCCCAUAUUACGUCGGCCAAGAAAACUCCGACGCAUCAGAAGGCACGCCUGUGACCUUAACUCCUUUCGCCGAGGGAGAGACUCUGAUAAGAGAGUUCAGGGAUGUCAAGAUUGAAUUCCAAGCUAUCACAAUCUGCAUUCAAUCACUCGCAUGGAAGGUUGGUGAGAGAGAUCCGACCACCGGACGGAGGCUUAUCGUCACCGGAGAAGAUGACUCGACUUACUCCCUUUUGAAUUACUUCCGUAUUGAUGGAACUGAGAUAGAGAAUGUGUAUACAUUGACUUGGUGUCCCGCAGAGCCGUGUCCCAUUAAUUGUGGUAAGCCUUUGUGUGGGGAAGCUGGUCCUUUGAUCGAGGAUGGAGAUAGGCUUGUGGCAUUAGAUGGGAGUUUUGUGCUUCCUGUUGAGUUUCAUAGAGCUUGAUAUGUAAUUAAUUAAUAUUGCUUCUCUCCAUGUAGAUUGUACUAGCUAAUAAAUAUGGAGGUUCAGAGCUAUAUGUGAAGAUAAUUUAAAAUAAUAAACUAUGUAUUUUUAUUUUUA